GGUUCAAAGAAUUUCUGCAGAUUUUCUAUCUGGGCAAAGUUCAUUUGACGUCGGAAAAUAUCGUCGAAGUGACCAAUUUGUGUAAGAGCUACGAAGUCGCCGAAGGCUUAAAACUCUGCGAAAAUGUUCUACAAAAAUUGGUGACCAUUGAAAAUAUCUGUUCUCGUUUUAAAUUGGCCAUUGAUCUGGAAUUGAUAAAUUUUAUUAAAUUCUGCGAAGAAGAAAUCACACGAAAUACUGGCGCAAUACUGAAAACGGCCGAUUUCUUGAAAUGUAAUCGAAAGACGCUGGAGAAAUUACUGGAAUUGAUGCCAUCGAGUUGUUGUGCAUCGGUCAUUGUCGUCGAUUCAUGCUUGACUUGGGCCAAAAGUAAGUGCGAACAAAAGAAUUUGGAACCAACAACCGCACAUUUGAAAGCCGAACUUGGUGAAUUGAUCGGCCUAAUUCCAUUUGCCAUGAUGAACGCAGAACAAUUCGCAAAGUUCAUUAUUUUUCACAAAGGACUUUUGAAUGACGCCGAUUUGGAGGGAAUUGUUUUGAAAACGAUGACGGAAAAGGAUAGGAUCGCUGUAGAAAAGGAACAGACCGUUUUGGAAAACGAAACAUUAAUCGAAGAAGUGAAAAUUUUGAAAUUACGAUUGUUGGCAAAAAGUCCCAAGAACGAUGAUGACUUUGAUGACGGUGAAUGGUGGUAG